AUGGACGGGCCCCACUCUCCUUCAGUGUGUGCGUGGGGAUGGACGGGCCCCACUCUCCUUCAGUGUGUGCGUGGGGAUGGACGGGCCCCACUCUCCUUCAGUGUGUGCGUGGGGAUGGACGGGCCCCGCUCUGCUUCAGUGUGUGCGUGGGGAUGGACGGGCCCCACUCUGCGAGUGUUGCUCCCUGCUCCAGCAGAAGGGUCACAGCCUUCUCCAGACACAAGGUCCUGUCCUCGGUCUCCCCCAGCCUCACCUCUGCAGCCGUGGUCCUCGUCUCCAGCUUAG